AUGGCAAAACUUGCAAUCUCAACAUCUCUAAUCUGCGUUCUUCUAGCGAUCAUAGCCAAUGCAGUCUCCGGCUAUCUGACAGCCACCGCCAUCACAGUUGAAAUGGAAGAUGCUUAUCGAGUUCAGGGAAUAUGCAAGAAGGAAGCUGAAAAAAAAGAUUUGAGCUCUUGUGAGAAUUACGUAAGACUGUCAAGAACAAGGUCCGAAGAGACGCCAGCUAUAAGAAGAAUUGGAAACCGGCAACAACAGGUUCCUGGGCAAUGUUGUAACCAAGCAUGGAAACUAAGUGGCUUUUGUCGAUGUCAAUCAAUAAGGUAUCUACCAGAGAAGCAAGGAUACGUUGGAAGCCAAGAAUAUGAUGAGGCAAUGCGUAGGGCUGACGAUAUAAUUAGUGUUUGCUUUGACAAUAUCUGCCCUCGUUAA